GUCCACCUGAAGGAUGUCAAAUUAUUUUCAUUCAUCUCAUCUGUCAUCUUUUUAGUAAAUAGAGAAAAAGGAAAAGUUCUUGGAAAUUAUUUUUUUAAUAAUAAUUUAUGAGAAUCUGAACUUUUAAAAAAACAUAAGAUGGGUGAUGCAGAGCUCGAAGAAUUAAGAUUACGACGAAUGGCCGAAUUACAAGCUCAAUACAAGGGUUCUAACACUGAUCCCAAUGCUCAAAGAGCUCAAGAGCAAAAAGCAAAAGAGCAGGAAGAUGCAAAAAAUUCCAUUUUGUCACAAAUUCUGGAUCAGAAUGCUAGAGCCAGAUUGAGCAAUUUAAUGUUAGGAAAACCAGAAAAAGGCCAGCUGGUGCAAAACAUGUUGGUCAGAAUGGCACAAUCUGGUCAAAUAAUGUCAAAAAUAGGAGAAAAAGAACUAAUCGGACUACUUGAAAAUGUUAGCUCACAAACGCAAAGCAAAGUUUCAGUCAAGUUUGAUAGGAGAAGGGCAGCCUUGGAUUCUGAUGAUGACGAUUUCUAAAUAACCAUUUUUUACUAAUAGAUUUCUCAAUAAAUAUUAAUUGUCUUUUUAAGCAAGUGCAUCAAUUGAGUUGUAUAACUAUGUAUAUGAAACAAAAAAACAUUUAUC